AAGUUGCGAGGAAAGUAGGCUAACGCGAGUUUGCGCCGCUCCGUCUCGCUCACAUCCGACCGUCAACCUUUGAAUCCCGGGUUUAGGGGGCGAGUAGGCCGCUCCAGCGUCCACGGAGGCAAUUGGCUGCGUUCUGUCCUUGUGUUUACAGCUGCUGCUUCCUUCUGUCACGUACAGUGGACAGCGCGCGCUUACACACACACACAUGCGCGCGCGCAUCAUGUGUCGCGAGUGUGUGCUAUCCUUUUGGAGCCCAAAGUCCUCCAAGUGAGUCUCUUGUCGGCGUGUCUGAAGAUUAACGGGGCUGUGUGUGUGCGCAGUGAAGCACGCGCCACUGCAGCCAGCUGUACCACACUGCACGCCGCACAAGACGGUACACAUAGCAGCCGGACGCAGCGUGUCGAGGCGCCGGGGCCAAGAGGACGGAAAGAAGAAGGGAAGGAAGGGUUACCGCUUUAGCUGCGUCUGACGGCGACAGAGGUCGGCUCCAUGGCCGAAAGAAGGGUCUCGCGGUGGUAUUUCGGUGGGCUGGCGUCCUGCGGGGCUGCGUGCUGCACGCAUCCUCUGGAUCUGCUAAAGGUUCACCUACAGACACAGCAGGAGGUGAAGAAGAGGAUGGUGGGGAUGGCCAUUCAUGUGGUUAAGAAUGAUGGAUUUCUGGCUCUGUACAGUGGCCUCUCCGCCUCUCUGUGUAGACAGAUGUCUUAUUCCCUCACCAGAUUUGCAAUCUAUGAGACCGUCAGGGACAUGAUAGGAAGCACAAGCAAGGGCCCACUGCCCUUCUACCAGAAGGUCCUGCUGGGAGCCUUUGGAGGUUUCACUGGUGGGUUUGUUGGGACGCCAGCAGACAUGGUGAAUGUCAGGAUGCAGAAUGACAUGAAGCUACCACCAGAACUGAGGAGGAACUACAAACACGCCAUCGACGGGCUCUUCAGAGUCUUUAGAGAAGAGGGUGUGAGGAAGCUUUUCUCAGGGGCCACCAUGGCAUCCAGCAGAGGUGCGAUGGUCACUGUUGGACAGCUAGCGUGUUAUGACCAGGCCAAACAGCUUGUGUUGGGAACAGGGAUAAUGGGCGAUACCAUCGUCACACACUUCCUUUCCAGUUUCAUCGCUGGAGGCUGCGCUACGUUCCUGUGUCAACCUCUGGAUGUACUAAAGACGAGACUGAUGAGCUCAAAGGGAGAGUACACGGGCGUGACACACUGCUUACGGGAAACUGCCAAGUUGGGUCCGCUAGCGUUUUACAAGGGUCUCGUUCCAGCUGGCAUCCGCUUGAUCCCUCACACAGUGCUCACCUUCAUGUUCCUGGAGCAGCUCAAGAAAUACUUUGGCAUUCGCAUCAUCUCCUGAGCGCACCCUGCAGGGAGCCAUCAAUGUGUGUGUGUGUGUGUGUGCUUGCUUCACCAUCUCAUUUUGCUCUACCUCUGUCUCAAUGAUUUUGACUACAGAGCGCACCGACUGCUGGAAGGGAGGAAUACUGGAACAACAAAUGAUUCCCUGGCCUAGGAUUUUAAGUUACUUAAUAGAGAGGUAACCCAAACCCUUCCAAAUUAAUCCUAGGAGUUUAAAAUGAGUUUUAGCAGAUGUUAAAGUAGUAGUCUUUUCAGUCAAAGUAUGUUAAGAGACAUUGUGUUAAUGUUGAGUUGGGGAGACCACAGCUAAUUCAUCAACUUUGAUCGUAGAUGACAGACUUAAUGGCUGGUCAUAUUGUUUUUUUGUUUUUUUUUUGUGAUUUAUGUUUAAAUCUCAGCACCCAGUACUUUAAGCCCUGUCCACCAUCGGUGUACAGCACCUUCAGGUCCUGACUAGCGGAACAAAAUUGUAGACCACGGCUUAGAAAGUUCUGUAGUAAACACAGUGAAGUUUGUCAUCAGUGCUGUUAUAGUUCCCCAAAAAGCCAUUAUGAAAACAUGACUGAUCGAGCUAUUACGUACGUACGUGCAUAGUCAUCAUUCCCAACAGUGCUGACUUUAAGUUUUACAGAAAUAUUGGUUUGCCUUCUAAUGACCUAAUGACUAUCUUUGAAGUGUAAAUCAGCCAGUACUGUGAUCAAGUCUCACUAAUAUUCGCCAGGUUCUCCUUUACUUCAUUCCACCACUGUCAAACUUUCUCAUUUUAUUCUUAAAUCUUUCAGAGAAGUGGACCAAGUUUGUUUUUCAGUAAGGAGAGGGUUAGUGGGGAAACUGUGAAGUGGGCCUGAAGGUCCAUCUGUUAGUGCUUCUUUUAUUUUCUGCUCCCCGUGGAAUUGUGAAUGACCACUUGAUGUAAUUUUAGUUCUUGCUAUUUAAAUAGAGAUGCCUGUAGAGAAGCUUGUAGAGAUCUGCUGCGCACUACAAGUUUACAUGUAGCAUUGUCAUCUUUAAUGUUACCGUUUCAUCGAGGUGAAUGCACGUCAGACUUAAUGACUCAGGAUGCUCCUCUUUUUUUUUUAAAAGGCACUUUACUGAAAAUCACUGGACGCCUCAAACCUAACCUGCUGCGUAGAAACCCCUGCCAUAGACUUUAAACAAAAAUAAAAGAAGCAUUUAUUUGCAUUUAUUUUGAAUUCAAAACAUUAUCGUUUCCAGUUGUGGCUGUUUUGUGGCUUUUGGGUUUUUGUAAAAUCAGGCAUCGCCUGUGCCUACUCUGUUUACAGAGACCUUGUCAAAUAAUAUUGCCUUACAGCAUCUAUUCUGCAGGGGGCAGUGUAGUAACGUGUCAUUUACAUUCUCUGAUUCAUCCUAUAAUAAGUCCUGCAUCUUCAUCAGUGCCAUUAGGUCACCCUGUUUGCCUGCAUGUUCUGACCUUGAUAGUGUGAGGUCCUCUACUGUAGAUGAGCCGAAAGUUUGGUCAUUGUAACCCCGCCUUUAUUCACAGUCGUAAUAAUGGAACUGGAGGGACCCGUAAUUCUGGGUGUGUUGAAUUUGCAUCAUGUAGAUCAUUAACAAAAGGAUUUUUGAAUAAAAAUAAAGACAAUAUCUGUGCAA